CGUUCACCUCCGGCUACGAAGAGGGAGGCGUCAGUCGGCUUCGCGCAGGCGAAGAAGGCGACUUCUUUUCUUGUUGUUUUUUUUUUUUGUCGAAUAAAAAGUGCAACCGUCGAAGGAUUAUGGCUCAUUAAAAAGCUAUAAGACGUUGUGAGUGUGAAUGUGGCUAAAAAUCUCGAGGGAAGCUUCGUGAUGUGCGGUUUGUUGACCAGAAAGUAACGCCUGUCCUUAUCUGGACGCGCGACUAACCGAAGAAGAUUAAAACGAAGCGCACACUUCGCGAAGAUUCAUAAUUCAUUUUAGUUUUUUUUAUUUAUUAUUAGUCAAUUUUUAAGUAAUUUCCAAUCGGUAGGUAUAAGUCUCAGGGCAAAGAAAUGGACCGAGGUGGCUGUCAGAUGAAUGGCGGUGGUGGCCAGAGCGGGCCCGAGCAACCCGGGAUGAUCACGCUGGAGGACCUGGAGUCUUUCUCGGAGGACCAGCUGUCAGACUCGGGCAAUGGUAGCCUCGAAGAAGGGGGAGAAACCAUGGAGGACAGCGAAAAUCAAGACCGACUGCUGCAUUACUGGCAGGACGUGGCGAGGGGACACCAAGUGGAAGUUGCUCAAGAACCCGAUUUCCACCAUCUUUGAUUUUCAUGAGGUCAGAGGAGCAGAAACCGUCAACUCGAUGAAGACACGUGAAGAUUGUCUAGAUAUGGCCGAGCCCAUUCAACAGCUCACCUCCAACAACCAAGGACGCAGUCAGAGACAACUCAUCCCUUUCACUCUGCUCGGGCGCAAAGAGAAGUGUGGGGAGCUGCUGUAUGAGAAACGUCAGUACGAAAAGGGCCGCUGGGCUUGUAUAACAAUGCGCGAGGACACUUAUGAACAGAGCAUCUGCUAUGGUUUUAUGAGGAUAAUGAGAUACAUCUGCCAGCAGAACUCCUUAGGCGACUACCUGGGCAUGACGCUCCCCAUCAUCACAGUGGUGCGCACCAAUGAGACCCAUUCUGCGAUGUCCAAUGACGUCACUGUGGCCUAUUUCCUUCCUGAUUACCAUCAGGCCCAGCCCCCACAGCCUACUGACAACGAAAUCGUCAUAGAGAUCUGGCCUGCCACUACUGUAUACACAAGGCCCUUUACCGGUCCCACCAAUGAAGUGACCAUCAUUGAUCAGAUCAGCGCCAUGGCUGAGCUGCUGGACUCCCCGGGCGUGUGCGUCAACGACUCAUUCAUCGUGGCCGGCUACACCAACCCGGCUCACAGCAACCGGCAGAACGAGAUCUGGUUCCUCGAACGACCCUAAUGGACCAGAGGAUUAAGCAGCCUCCUAUCUUAAGCCUCAUGAAAGACUCCCUUAACACUGCCGCAGCUCAGCUACAGCCUCAGGUGCAACAUCCUUCUUUUAGUCACCACCUCUACCUGCAGUGACCACCGCCAGCCCAUCACACUCCAGAUCAGUUUGGGCUCGGAAUAAUGAAAAAAACAAAUUCUGCCCUUAGCUUUACUCUUACUGAAUUUUCGUUCAUGCUCAUUAAAGACGUAUCCUCGUUUCACCCAUGAGAACUGAACUGACGCGCUCUCACAGACACGACCAGAUGCUGAAGACAAGCAUAGCAUUCAUCUCCAUAAAAAAAAAAUCCCAACCCUUACAUUGCCCUCUUGUUCUAAAAGUUGUUGUUUUAUCUCUCAGCGCUUUGUGAACAUAGUGACCUUUGAUUGGUGUCAGAAAAGUGCAACAAGCCUGUCUUGCCGCAGCAGAAGCAGGUGAACAUGCAGCCUUAUCUAUAUGCUCCCUUUAUGUUAUGCUGCACAGCUACAGUGUUUCUGUCUUGUGGGGUGAAAGUCAAAUGCACAACAGAAAAAAACAAAAAAUCUAAGUUAUUCUUUUGCUUGCUGAGGUGAUUUCAUGUCAAUGUUGAUCCACUGUUUUCUUUCUAUCUGGAUGACAUUAUUCACUAUUUGUUCAAAGUCUAUGUGAUCCAUGUGGCACUGCAUCAUUUCUUUGUUUCAACAAUAAGUGCAAUAUAUGCCAGACUACCCACAGUUAACAAGCCAGUUAUCACAGUUCCUUAGCCUCUUACCUAACCCGAUCUUAAAGCAGUCAAGUGGCUGACAUGGUGGGUUAGGGAGGUGGGGGGGGGAUGUGCAGCAUUUAACACAAGCCAAUCAACCUGCAACAUCCAGUUGAAAUCAUGUGGCUUUCCCCACCAGUAAGCUAAACACAAUAGGUGACACUUAGGCUUUGUUCAGACGGAAAACAAAUCAGAUUUGUUGCUUAAAUUGGAUCGCAUGGACAGGCUGUCUACACUGGUGUUUUUUUUUUGUUUUUUUUUAAACCAGUGAGAUAAGAUCCAGAUAACACCAAACUGUCUCCAUGAGUUGCCGUGGUAACGAGAUAGGCAUCAGCAGGGGCAUUUACUGGUGAAGUGCGAGGUCCUUCUUCACGCCCUCCAGGUGAUUGCACUGUCAAAAUAUUUCAGAUACUACCUACAGAAGGACGUCACCCGGUCUGAGAGAAGCCUUCAUCACGCAGUCUGAACAAAGCCUGAAUUUAGAAAAAACAAACACCUAUGAACACGACAUGUUCCCGGGUGUUUGUGCAUGAAUGUAGAGUUACAGGAGCAGGUAAUAACAGGCGCCACAUGUCUAUAAACCUACGUCUGAAAAAAAACUCCCUGAUUUUACUGCUGAAUGACAAUCAUGAAAAUAUGAUACUACACACAUCCUACUGUGUAUGGAAGAAUAUAUAUUCCAAUCAAUGCAUUCCUCAUAUUUCCAGUCCGUUCACACACACAGGAAUAGUUACCUUCGUACCUCUUUUUCAUGCUCUUUCUACUCGCUACUCUGUGUCAAUGUUAGGUAGUAUGCAUUCACUCGUACAAAUGCCACUGUUGCUGAGUAGAGGCGAUGCAUCCAAGAAAAGACAAGAGCACAGAGAAUAUCUCUUAUGUGAUCAUACUCUCUUUUUUUUUUUUUUUAUAGAAGAAAGCUCAAUUCUGUUCUAGUUAAAUACAGUUGUUAAUGUUUUAUCACCAAUCUAAUUAUUAUACACUAUAUACUAUUAAUUCAGAGCGAAAGAAGUAUGUUUGUGUAUAUCUUCAAUAUAUUUUAAAAUAAAAAUUUCAGUCACCCCAGA